AGCUGCAUGCAGCCGGGAGGGGGCGACAAUCUGCCUGCCGGGCUGCUGCUGCUGAGAGCCGAUAGAGGAAGAGCCACUGUGGGUGCAGUUCAUGUUAGCCUAACUGUUAGCAGGCAUCGCUGAUAAGCGGCUCCAAGUAUAUAAUUUUAAAACACAUUUCUGUUUACUAAACCAGUGUUAGGAGCUGUAAUCGAGGCUCUCCGACGACUGCUCCGCCAAGAUGAGCUUCCUGUUUGGCAGUCGCUCAUCCAAGACCUUCAAGCCGAAGAAGAACAUCCCAGAGGGCUCCCACCAGUAUGAGCUGCUGAAACACGCUGAGGCAACACUUGGCAGUGGGAACUUGAGGCAGGCGGUCAUGCUGCCAGAGGGAGAGGAUCUCAAUGAGUGGAUUGCAGUCAACACGGUGGAUUUCUUCAACCAGAUCAACAUGCUGUACGGCACCAUCACCGAGUUCUGCACUGAGACCAGUUGCUCUGUGAUGUCUGCGGGACCAAGAUAUGAGUAUCACUGGGCUGAUGGCACAAAUAUUAAGAAGCCUAUAAAAUGCUCUGCGCCCAAGUAUAUCGACUACCUGAUGACCUGGGUGCAGGAUCAACUGGAUGAUGAGACACUUUUUCCCUCCAAGAUUGGAGUUCCCUUUCCGAAGAACUUCAUGUCUGUGGCCAAAACCAUCCUGAAGCGUCUGUUCAGGGUUUACGCUCACAUCUACCACCAACAUUUUGACUCUGUGAUGCAGCUGCAGGAGGAGGCCCACCUCAACACCUCCUUCAAGCACUUCAUUUUCUUUGUUCAGGAGUUCAAUCUUAUCGACAGACGAGAGCUUGCUCCCCUGCAGGACUUGAUCGAGAAGCUUGGAUCCAAGGACAGAUAGACAUUUCAUCACACAUCUCUCUCUUUUUAACAGUUUCUUUUUCUCCUUUGUCCCUCUCUGUGACCUCUGCUACCUCUGUGACUUCUAGUCUCAACUCUUAAAAUCUGUGCCUUCUUUUCAUUUCAUAAAUGUUUGUACUGUACUUUUCCUUUUAUUCUUUCUGUUCUCUUUUAUGCUGUCUUUGAGCCUUUUUUCCCAUUUUGCCACUAUAGAUCAUAUAAAAUAGUGUAGUGUAGUAAGAAUAUUUUUUCACAGGACUCUGUAAGAGCAACCUACUGAAUUUUAUAUUGGACCAUGGACAUUUGGAAGUUUAAGUGGAAACCAGCUCUUUUUUUUUUCUCCUUCAAAAGUUGGCAUAUAGUGUUUUGAUUGUCUAAACAUGUUUUAGUUAAUGAUGAGCAAUUUUCUUUUUGUUAACUUUUAGCUGUUGUAAUUACAGUGAUAUCCCAAUCUUAGCUUUUUUAAAUGUCUGUCAUUAGUGUUCAAUGGAGAGUAACGGGAAAGAAAAAAAGUAGUGACAUGAAACCGGUCUUGGGUGGACUUUACACCUGUGACAAUACAAGUGUGUGGACAGUAUUUUCAGUCUAACAUGAAGGCAGGCACAAAAAUGUACCAAUAUAAAGCUCUCUGUCACAAGCUGGUUGUGAAUCUGAUGUCCCACAUAUGCUAACAUGCUUCCUGUUAAAAUGCUCUUUGACAGUUACAUGUGAGGACAUGCAGUGAUAGACGAUUGUGAGAUGCCUUUGUUCCACAAAAAGCACCACUAUCUACUGCAUCAUAGCUAUUUCAAUUUGGUCAUGCAAUAUUGUUUUUCGGCUAUUUUCUUAAUUAAAAUAGUAAAAUGCGAGAUAUGGUGUUUACAGUGAUAAUCUGCUUGGUAGUUAUUAUUAAUGGCCACUUAAAGCUUUUAUAACCAUGAAAGGAGUUGUAUAGUAGAAAUUAUCCUGUCAACAGCAAAAAUAGUCUAAUGUGAAUUUUUGGUUUUACUGUCAUUUUAGUUCAUUUCUGUGGUGCAGAUUCAUUGCGGAACCUUGCAUUUUUGAUCUUUCAAUGCUGGUACUUUUUUUUUUUUUUUUUUAAAUACUUCCCCCCUGGAUUGGAAAAGAAACUAUUGCACCUGUGCACGAUAAAGGAUGAGUAAGAUAUAUGUAGUUUUCCCACAGAUGUCUUGGUGCAUGUGUCAUGGUCAGUUCCUGGGCUUAACUCUGGCUACAACAGCAGGGCUGUUUGUACUGCAAUCCUUCUACAAACUAAUGCAGCUAUAAUUCCUCAUGAAUGUAUUGUUCGGCAAACUUUGAGCAAGGGAAUUGUUCCACAACCUACUUCAUGUUUGGACCUAAAUUCAUAUCAAACAGUCAUAUAUCCAAUUAAGAGCUCUUAGAUAACUUAAUGUAUCACCAGGAAACAACCGAUGUGAUUGGGUGCAUUUUAUAAUGUACCGCUUUUUAAGAAAACUAAGUUGCUUGGGGAAAAAAUCAAGCCAGCAACCAUUAAGUUAACUAUCUACAGGCAUAUCAAUAUAUUUUGCAACACCAAGUUAUUUUAAAGAUUUUAUUUGAAUACAUAAUUUGUCCUUUCUUUCUAGCUAGUCACAUAUUUUUGAAAUGUAUUGCUUUUUCUCACAGUUUCGUUUUUAAACUUCUGGCAUGGAGUUACAUUUCAUAUUACAUUGUAAAAUAAAUGGUUGACUUUAACUUUUCAAAUAAGGAAGAAGGGCUUUGAAAUGAAUUAAAAGUUGUUGUUUUUUUAUGUAUUUACAAUAAUGGUCCAAUCAUUGGGUGGUCAUUUUGACUGGGAGGAGGUGCGAGGACGUAUGUACUGCGUCCGAACAUUUGCUGUAAAUAAGAUCAGUGUUUUAUCAGAACAAAACUGUGCCUUACAAAAAUGAAAAUGUCUGACAGUAUUGGUAGAUCAAAAACUCAAUAAACACUGAAAGGACAA